AUGCCUUCCAAACUCCACGCCAUCCUCUCCCUCCCCAAACCGCAGCACUUCGCACCCAAUGCUCAACACGAUGGGCCUUUCCGCUUCAUGGACUUGCCGGCUGAGAUUCGGAAUGAGAUUUAUGAGAUGGCUUUGACGCCGGAGAGGGAGAUUGGAAUGCCGGUGUUGAAGAGGACUGUGAGGCCUUCGGGGGCGUUGACGAGGGUUAAUUCGAGGGUGAGGAUGGAGACGUUGGGGAUGUGGAGGGGGUUGGGAGACGACGACUUCUCACAACGAACCGACUUCAAGAAAGAGUCUGAACCAAUGCUGGAGGCCUUGUAA